CUCGUGACGAUCACCUCAGAGGUACACUCACAAAUUUACCCGAUUUAUCACUGAAACGCGGAUAAAACCGCGACUAUUUUUGACACAUGCGUGUAAAAAGGUGCGACAGAAAUUUUGAAAUUUGGGUACUGUGAGAUCAAUUGGAAAAAGUCCGUUGUUCUCAUCGCAGCGGCUCGAAAAAUUCUAUCUCCACUAUUAUCCAAAUCGAUUUUCUCAAUCGAACUGAACGAUUGUUCCAGAUAAAAUGAACCUCGAGGAAUAUCGCAGACACGGCAAGGAAAUGGUGGAUUAUAUUGCGGACUACCUCGAGACAAUCAGAUCGAGACGAGUGUAUCCAGCUGUGUCACCUGGAUAUCUCAGGAACAUUCUGCCAGUGUCGGCACCGGUGGAUGGUGAACCGUGGGAGAAUAUUUUUGAGGACAUUGAGAGAUGCAUUAUGCCAGGUGUCACACAUUGGCAGAGUCCCCACAUGCACGCGUAUUUUCCAGCUCUCAAUUCACCAGCGAGUCUCAUUGCUGACAUGCUUGCUGAUGCUAUCAAUUGUCUGGGGUUUACCUGGGCUUCGAGUCCAGCCUGUACAGAGCUGGAGACAAUCGUGAUGAAUUGGCUCGGUAAAAUGAUCGGUUUGCCUGAUGAUUUUUUGCAUCGACCUGGAGGAUCUGGUGGAGGUGUCAUUCAGACGACAGCCAGUGAAGCAACACUGGUAUGUCUCCUGGCAGCAAGGACCAGAGCCAUCAGAGCUAUUCAGGAGAGUGAGCCUGAUCGAUCACCGGCUGAAAUAAAUUCACGACUCGUUGCUUAUUGCUCGGAUCAGGCGCACUCGAGUGUUGAGAAAGCUGGACUCAUUGGAUUGGUGCAGAUGAGGUACAUCGAGGCUGAUGACGAACUCAGUAUGAGGGGAGAUGUCCUGAUAGAGGCCCUAGACAAGGAUCGAAAAGCCGGUCUUGUCCCUUUUUUCGUAUGCGCAACCCUGGGAACGACAGGCGCCUGCUCCUUCGAUAAUCUUGAAGAAAUCGGACCGAUUUGUGAACGGAAUUGCCUAUGGUUACACAUCGAUGCAGCAUAUGCAGGUAGUGCUUUUGUCUGUCCCGAAUUUCGCGGUUGGUUACGCGGUGUCGAGUACGCGGAUUCCCUGGCCUUCAAUCCAAGCAAAUGGCUGAUGGUACACUUCGACUGCACAGCCAUGUGGGUGAAGAGCAGUCAGGCACUCCAUCGGACUUUCAAUGUUGAUCCUCUCUAUCUCAAGCACGAAAAUUCGGGUCUUGCCAUUGACUACAUGCACUGGCAAAUUCCAUUGUCCAAGAGAUUCAGAGCCCUCAAGCUCUGGUUCGUAAUCAGAAAUUACGGAAUCACUGGACUGCAGAAGCAUAUCCGUGAGGGAGUUCGUUUAGCCCAGAAAUUCGAAGCCCUCGUUAUCGGUGACUCUCGAUUCGAAAUUCCUGCCAAGAGACACCUGGGGAUGGUGGUGUUUCGACUCCGUGGAGAGAAUUCGUUAACUGAGAAGUUACUGAAGAAGAUGAACACCAGAGGAAAGGUGCAUUGCGUUCCUGCAGCUCUUCAUGGAAAAUACGUUAUCAGAUUCACUGUCACAUCUACGAACACUACAAAUGAAGAUAUCCUUCGAGACUGGGGAGAAAUAAAAACAACAGCCAGUGAAAUCCUGGCGUCAACCAGUGGAUCACCUGUCAGGGUGAAAGUCUCUUUAGCAGAGACUCGUCAGAAAAAUGAAAAUUUCGGAUCUAGUCUUCUCCUCGCUAAUUCCCCGAUGUCUCCCAAAAUCGUCAACGGAAGUUUUGCCGCUAUUUAUGAUACAGCUGAUGUUUUCAACGAUUGCAUGAAAACAUUCGGACAAUUGCGACUCGAACCUAGUGACAGUCCGGCGAUGAGGCGACGUAUCAGAGGGAUUUUAAUGUCUGGCAAGCAAUUUUCCUUGGACUCUCGGAUGGAUCUCGUUCAAGGAUAUGCAUCGUGUGGACGUCAUUACGCAGAACCGACAAAGAAUUCUCCACUAAUUGAAGAUGAAGAUGCAAAUGGAAAGUCCGAGUCGACCCUCAGCAUCGAUAAAUCCAGUAUUACCAUAGACGGCUCGGAGCUCUCAGUUGAUGAUACCCCAUUAGUCGAUAACAGGAUGACACUGGUGCGAGGAGUCAACGGAGUUGUCAGUAAUGAUGAGUUUAUUCUGGAUAAAGGAUUCCCAAAGAGUGAGACAAUCGGGGGAAUUAGCAAUUUAACAGCAACGAGUGUCAGCAAUUUGUCUCAUUCUGAUAAUGAGAUUCGUGGAGUCAUCGGUAAUGUCUGCGCCAAAUGCGGACACAUCAAAGAUCACUAGAAAAAUAUCUGACGAAUGCCAAAAAAAAGUCAAAGACAAGGGAAAAAAUUAGUAUUAGAAAAGAGAAUGCAAUUAAACGAUAAGGAAAAGCCAGUGAUUAAAAAUUGUCUCUUGAACGCAUCGAUGUCGAAGGAUAAAUAAAAAAAAAAUUCCUUAAACUAUUUGAAAUGAUGGUUUUUAAUGUUCAGACGAUCAAUAAAGUACAAAUAUCAGUUGGAGACUUAGAUUUUAAUGUGAUCGAUGAUAUGACAUGAUUUCUACAAUUAAUCUUUCCUCUUUAUCACAAAUCAUUCAGUUAUCCCUCUCUUUUGCUCGCACUCCUCUUUGAUUUCUAUCCUAAUGAUAUCCCCAAAUGUUAAUUAAAUCGCGUGAACGUGAGCACAAUUUUACGUACAACUAUGAUAUUUCAUUGUUCCGCGAUUAAUACAGUAUUUUUCAUUCCACUCGUACGUGUUAACAUCAUUUCGGUAACCUAAUUACCCAUUAUAAAUAAUCUUUAACAUUCAUAACAACGUCGUAUAUCAUUCUUCAAUAAUUAUGAGUUAAUAUCAAUCGUAAUUGGAUAUCAAUCUGCGGUGAUCGCAGUUGAUCAUAAAAUUGUAGCAAGUGUAGCUAGAAAUGAUCAUAAAUUCGACUGUUGAAGAAAUCGCUGAAUUAAUUACUGGAAUUUGAUUGAAAUAUCUUGAGAACUCUGGAGAAUUCAGAUAAAAUUCUUCAACAGUGACUCGGCGGUGUGAAAUUCUCUCCAUGAAUAAUUAAUAACAAUCUGAAUUUAUUGUUAAAAUUCACGAGAAUCGGGCGUAAUUUAUCUACGCGACAUCUCAA